AUGAUGCUGAUGGCCCUGGUGGUCUUGGCAGCUCUUGGCAGCACCUCUUUGGCCUGCGCUUUUGAGCCGUCCUCUUUCAACAACACAGGAUUUGUCAUCAGGAUCACUAAGCCUGCUGCACUAGAGCCCCACGCUAAAUCGACAGGACUUAAUCCAGCUUUUCAUCCCUUUCUUAGCAUCCAUAUUGAUGACCUGUCCAUAGAAAACAGUGAGGUUGACUUCGAGGGAGACACCAUUAACAUUGAUAUCCAAAACGUCUCAGCUUCCUUCAAAGGAACUCUGAGCUAUGGCUAUUUAGGUGCCUGGUGGCUGAAACUCGUUCAUUUGAUUGACUUUGAAAUUGAAUCUUCCAUCGAUCUCCAGAUAAACAGUAAACUGACAUGCGAAAAGGAGUAUGUGGCGGUUGUCACCUCGGAUUGUUAUCUGACCUUCCACAAGCUGAUCCUGCACCUCCAAGGAGAUAAAGACCCCGGAUGGCUAAAGCAACUUUUUACAAAUUUCAUCUCUUUUACCUUGAAGCUGGUUCUCAAAAGCCAGGUGUGUAAGGAAAUAAACUUUGUCUCUCAACUGCUGGCCAAGUUUUUCCAGGACACAGGAGAAAAUUUCCUCAAAGAUGGCGAUAUAGGAGUGGACAUUUCCCUGGCAAUGUUUCCAGUAAUAAAAGCAAAUUACAUUGAAACACAUCAUAAGGGCCUCCUCCUCUACAAGAACUACUCGGACAGCUUCCACGACUCUGAAUUUGUACCGUCUCUACUGUCCGAAUCCAGAAUGCUCUGCUGCUGGUUUUCGGAGCAUGUCCUCAGCUCUCUGGUCUUCGCAGCCUUCCUAGAUGACCGUCUGAUGUUAACCAUCACGGGGGAAGAAUUAAAGAUCUUCCAAGGUGCCUCCUACAAUGACUCCCUGGCUAAAGUGUGGAGUCUCAGUCCUCCCCAAAUUAUUCUCCAGCCCAAAGGGACCGUCAUGAAGUCAUCCAUCGCUGUGGAGCUCAGUGUUUCUUCACGUGGGGAAGAAACUCCACUGGUUAUAUAUUUUGAAAAGGAUGUCACGGUUACAAUCCAAGCUUCAUAUGUGCAAAAGAGGCUGGUUUUGCAUUUCUCUGAGGCUGUGAUAGAGCCUAAAACAAUGAGGUGCUCCUUGGAUAUAGCAGUGAACGAUGAAACUCUAAGGCACUUCUUGGAGAAAACCAUCACUGUUGCUGGGAUCCCAGAAGUGAUUUCAAGAAUUGAGCCGGCUCUAACAUCCUUGAUGAACAGCAAAGGACUUGACCUAGUAGACAUCGUAGAUCCUGAGAUAAUAACCAGAAAUGGAUACUUGAUUCUACAGAUGGACUUUGAUUUCCCCCAUCAUUUGCUCCAUGGGUUUCUGAAGAGAAAUCUAUUUUAG